UCAUAGACAACAUCAUGGACAAAAUCAUCACAGAGUUGAAGAACAUGGACAAAGAUGAAGAAAAACACACAGCUUUCCUCACAGAAAUCUUAUUCCAACUUGGUUCACUUAGAAUCUCAGUCUUAAACAUCAAAUCUCAAAAGGAGAGUUUAAGUGUGAGUGGAAGUGGAAGUGCACAUCCACUGUCAAGAAGUGGAGAGAGCUACAAUGAAGCAAUGGAGUUCUUCCUGAUUGAAGAGAUAAGGAAGUAUGUGAAGCUGAAACCAAACAGAUUAGGAAAACAAAACUUUAUGGGAGCAAAUAGCACAUUCACAAGCAUUGGCCAUGCAUGUUUCUCCAUGAAAGAAGAGCUUGAAGAGUACAUGGACUAUGAUGUUGGGGAUUUCUGCAAAGAUGACUGGAAAGUAGCUCAGAAACUCAUGGUUCAUGGUUGUGAUCCACUUCCAAGAAGAAGAUGCUUUGCAAGAGCCCCAAAACUUUAUACUAAGCCUUCACCCAUCAAUGAAUCCAUUUGGAAGCUCCCUGAAGAUCACAACGUGAGAUGGAGCCAUUACAGAUGCAAAAAUUUUGCUUGUCUUGCUAGAAAUGCAACUGGGAAAGGCUUCUUCAAGUGCUCAGAUUGCUUCAAUCUCACACACCAUGAAAAACCAAGAUGGAUGCAAGUCAUCUACUUUGAUCCUUCCUCAAACUCAACUCCUGAUUUCCUCAUUGAAGAUGUAUUGAAGAUUAAACCAGGGGAGAUAAGGAUAGGAUUGGAUUUCAGUGCUGGAACUGGGACUUUUGCUGCAAGGAUGAGAGAGUUUAAUGUCUCCAUUGUUACAGCUACCAUUAAUCUUGGAGCUCCAUUCAGUGAGAUGAUAGCUCUGAGAGGUCUCCUUCCAUUGUAUUUAACCAUAAAUCAGAGGCUUCCUUUCUUUGACAACACAUUGGACAUCAUACAUAGCACAAGAUUUCUUGAUGGGUGGAUUGAUUUCAUACUUUUGGACUUUGUGUUGUAUGACUGGGACAGAGUUUUGAGGCCUGGAGGAUUGUUGUGGAUUGAUAGUUUCUUUUGUGCUAAGGAUGAUUUGGAGGAUUAUUUGGAGGCUUUUAGGAUGUUGAGGUAUAAGAAACAUAAAUGGGUUGUUGUACCAAAGGUGGAUAAGGAUGAAUCAGAGGUGUUUUUUUCUGCUGUUCUUGAGAAACCUCCCAGGCCUUUCUGA